AUGUCCGAGACGGCUCCUGCUCCACCGGUCGCUCCCGCAGCCCCGGCCCCCGCCGAGAAGACCCCGACCAAAAAGAAGGCGAGGAAGCCUGCGGGCGGAGCGCGGCGCAAGGCUGCGGGUCCCUCGGUGUCCGAGCUGAUCACCCAGGCUGUGGCGGCGUCCAAGGAGCGCAAUGGGGUGUCCCUGGCCGCCCUGAAAAAAGCUCUGGCCGCCGCCGGCUACGACGUGGAGAAGAACAACAGCCGCAUCAAGCUGGGGCUCAAGAGCCUGGUCACCAAAGGAACCUUGGUGCAGACCAAAGGCACCGGCGCCUCGGGCUCCUUCAAGAUCAACAAGAAAGCUGGGGAAGACAAAGGGAAGCCUAGGGCCAAGAAACCGGUUGCUGCCGCGAAACCCAGGAAAGCGGCCGGGGCUGCCAAAAAGCCCAAGAAGCCGGCGGCAUCCGGAGUUAAGAGGGGCGUGAAAAAGACCCCGAAGAAAGCCAAGAAGCCAGCAGCGGCGGCGGGAGUCAAGAAAGCGGCCAAGAGCCCCAAAAAGGCUAAGGUAGCGAAACCCAAGAAAGCAACAAAGAGUCCGGCCAAGCCUAAGGCUGUAAAGCCCAAAGCGGCUAAACCGAAGGCUACAAAGCCCAAGGCAGCCAAGCCCAAAAAGGCAGCGGCGGCCAAGAAGAAGUAG